AUGGCCAACAAGCCAAAGUAAGUUUUUCAUUUUGUUGUCCCUUGACGUUGUCUAUGAUGAUCAUCCAUCGUUAUUUCAGAAAGAGGAACCAGGAGUCAAAAACCCGGUCUGUCAACGUAGAGAAGCAAGGUGCUCGUCAAGCCGCUGUAGCUCCUUGCGCUUCCGAUGGAAGUCUUUAUGUAUGUUGUUCAUGCUAAAUAUGACUGGUUGUCAUAACUUAAUAAUUAAUAUAUUGUUUUUAGGUUGAUCGCUGGUUCAAUCGGACCUUGGAAAAAGGCGUGAACGGUCUGCGUGAGGAAUUUAUGGAGAUGAAGCGUUAUUGUCCUCCGGACAUGAAUGUGACGGCUUUUCAAAUUCAUUGGGAAGCUGGCCGGAACCGCUACAAAGAUGUUCCUUGCCAAGAGAAGGCACGAGUGCUUGUGAAAUGGCCUGGAGUCAGUCAUGACUACAUCCAUGCCAACUACAUGCCCUCUCCCGUCUCUGACAAAAGAUACAUCUGCACUCAGGUGGGUACUAUAAGAUAAAACGUUUGGUGCCCGAGGUGAGAGGCUUAGAUUUGUACAUCUUUGCCUGUGUCAUCUAUGGGCAGUAACAUUGCGUCUGAUGUUAUCGUUUGUUCUGCAGGGUCCCCUUGACAACACAAUCGCCGACUUCUGGCGAAUGACCAUUCUGGAGCAAUCGGAGAGCAUCAUCAUGCUGUGCAAUGUGAAGGAAAAGGGAAUGGACAAGUGCGCCCAGUAUUGGCCACUGAAGGAAGGCGAGAGUGCCACUUUUGAGGGAAUUGUGGUCACGAAUCUCGGGGUCACUCCUUUGGGAGGAAGUGACAAGACCGUUAUGAGAACAAUCCUCAAGUUAUCGUAUACCUUGGAAGGAAAGAAGUCACAGAGAGAAGUAAGCGAAGAUUCGAUUUAUGUCAUCAUUCAGGUUCGCCAUUACCAAUGGAUGGAUUGGCCGGAUCGUGGAGUCCCCACGGUGGGACACACCAUCUUCGACCUGCUCUCUUCGGUCCGUGGCACCAAGAAACCGAUCAUUGUCCACUGUUCCGCCGGAAUUGGCCGAACUGGAUCCAUCGUGGCCAUUUCCUUCAUCAUGGAGAGAUUCCAGAAUGGCCAGCCGUGUGAGGACAUGCCUGUUAUCUUCAAGGAGCUCCGUGACCAUCGCCCCUACUCCAUCCAGAAUGAUGUUGUAAGUCCAUAUUUUAGAUUAAAAUUGACUUUACACAUUUUUUUUUGAUGUUUUUUGUGCUUUCAGCAGUACCUGUUUGUCCAUCGUGUCGUCUUGUUCUACUUUGUGGAGAGAUACAAGAAGUAUGAUCCCAAUGAUCCCCGCUAUCUCAAAUUCCUUGACGAAUACAACAAGGCCGUGGCUUGA